UUAGCCCUAAGAACGACGACUAGCGGAGAAUCACAAUAUCAGCUGCGACGUUUGCGAGUGCACGUGACGUGUAAACGAGCUUUCGUCUGUAAAAAUACAAAACUGUGGAAAUAAUCUAAUAUGUGAAUAUUCUAUUUGCAUUGAACAUCAUCAGAGGAACUUCGUUCAAACGACGUAGCUUUGUUUCAUAGGAGACAAAAACUGAUGCUUGUACGUGACAGUGUAAUCAGACAAAUACCCUUAACUGAUUUUUUGAACAUACCAUGAAUAAGAUAAAUUCUGAUACUGUUACUAACACUAACAUCCCUGACCUCAAAUAUCAGCUAAAGGUCAGACUGAGCGAACGUCAUGAGUCAUAAUUUAUAUAUAUAUUUGUGCACACAAGUUUCAGUGGCUAGUGCCUUCCAAUUCAUGAAAUUCUAGCAAACACAUGCAUAACUGAUGUUGUGGGAGAAAACAUUGGUUGAAAACGUAGAAAGGCCAGUCUUCUAAGCAACAGUAGACCUAGAAAUGGAUCUAGAAACAGUGAUUCAGCAUGUUGGUUCUUUUGGAAAAUAUCAGAAACAAUUGGCAGCGUUACUGUGGGGACUUGUUUCGCCUUUCCUGGGAUUUGUAAUCUAUGGAAAUAUGCUGCUGUUGUUGACUCCGGAUCACUGGUGCAACAUCCCGGAGUUAGGAAACCUAACGUCCGUUGAGCGGCGUCGCCUUGCCGUCCCUAUGGAAAGUAACAAGGGCAAGAUUAGAUACAGUCAAUGCUAUAAAUAUGACGUAAAUUUCACACAGGUUCUAGUAGAAAGCGGAAGUACUUUCCCAAAUCCUGACGAAGAUUGGCCCAUUGUUCCUUGUUCAGAAGGUUGGGAAUAUGAUUAUAGUUUAAUUUAUCCUACCAUUGUAUCCCAGUGGAACUGGGUCUGUGAUGAUGCCUGGAAGACUUACUUUUCAUACACAGUGUUUUGGGCUGGCACUUCAGUGGGUGUCAUCAUCCUUGGAUUCAUGGCAGACAUGUAUGGACGUGUUCCUGUCGUUGUAGCAGGUCAUUUACUGUGUGCUGUUGCUGGAAUAGCCACGAAUUUUGUGUACAACUUUACUGGCUUUCUCUUGACUCGUUUUAUGAUGGGCUUUGUGAUGAUUUCUCAGAGUAUGACAGCUUAUGUUUUAGUGUUGGAGUAUGUUGGUACAAAGCAGCGCCUGACAGUUUCAACGGGUUAUUUGUACGCCUAUCCUCUUGUUGGUUGUAUAUUACCAUGGGUGGCUUAUGGACUUCGCAGUUGGGAAGCCUUCAAUGUAGCUACUUGCGCUCCUUUAAUCGUUAUUCCCCUUAUAGUAAAAUUUAUUCCCGAAUCUUUGAGGUGGAUGGUUACCCACGGCAAGACUGUAAAAGCAAAAAAAAACUCUGCAGAAAAUUGCUCAUGUUAACGGGAAAAAUAUUGAGGAUGAAUUUUUUGACACAUUAAAGGUUGGUAUCAUAUCCUAUGUUAUGGCAGUGUUUUAAUUUCUUGACUAAGAUACUUUUAUUGUAAAUGUUUACUCGAUAGUUUUAUCACAAAAAAUAACAUUUAUAAAUACGCAAGUAAAGUAAAAAUAAAAAUAAAUAUUUGACAAUUCAAUAAAUCAUGGAAUUGUCAGAGUUUACUUCGGUGGCAUAUUACACAAAUUGUAUAUCUCAGUUACUGCACUGUAAGUAACACGAACGAGAAAAAGUA